GAACUGUUCUCCUCGAAACAGAUAAGGCAAGCCCGGCUCGUGGAUAGGCUCUUUGUUUUAAGACAAGCCCGGCUUAGUUUUCAUUCCACCGUAACAUAGAGACCUGGAAGCACGCCAUGGAACCGAGAGUUUUAGUUGCAAUUCUGUCUGUUUUGGUCCUGACAGACUUAACUUUCGCCGACGAAGAGUCUUCUAAAAUUAAAGUAUCAGAAAAAUUUAUAAGGUCGGCUGAGUGCAGUGGUAGUUGUUUUAAAGCCGCGUUAAGUGAAAUUAAAACAAAAGAUGAACAAAUAGAUGCACUGAUCAAAAGCAACGAAGCUCUUAUGAAAACACAAAGUGACAAUGAAGAGCUGAUACGGACCAUAAAAAUUGAGAAUAACAAAAAAAACAAUGAAAUUAUAAAUAAAGAAACGCUUAUAAACUUACUAAAUAAACAAAUAAACGAAAAAAAUGAAAAACUUCUAAGUUGUUUGCACAACAUUAAUAAAAACAUUAAUACAACGAUUGAAAAAGAAAAGGAAAUCCAGGAAAACAAAGAGGAGAUAAAAAGAAGAGACCAACUACUCAAUAAAAAGGAUAAAGAAAUCCAGGAGAGGACUGAACAGGCAAGGAGCAAGGAUGCUUUAUUUAGGGAUCUCACCAGUCACAUAAAUGUUAUAUCCCAAAACUUAACUAAAGCAAAUACAAAACUAGAAAAAUGUGAUGAAAUAAACUCUUGUCCCAUCUCCGGAAAAGGCAUAUAUCAUAUAAAGCUUUCUGAAAAGAGUGCAUUAGUGGCUCCUUGCAAUGGAUCUGGAUGGAUGGUAAUUCAAAGACGGAUGGAUGGCAGCGUGGAUUUUGGCCGGAAUUGGACGGAAUACAGAGAUGGAUUUGGCAAUUUGACUGGAGAGUUCUUCAUAGGCCUGCAGAACUUGCACCUUAUAACUAAAUCGAGACAGCACGAACUACUUAUCCGUCUGGGAAAAGUGGAUGGAUCCACUGCUUUCGUCAAGUACGAUAAUUUCAGGAUUGGCAGUGAGAAGGAUUUCUAUCUAUUGGAAUCGGUUGGAAACCACACUGGCGGAGCAGGAGAUUCCCUCAAUUACCAUUUGAACAUGAAAUUCUCAACAACUGACAGGGAUAAUGAUCUAGCUGAAGGCAGUUGCGCUAAGUGGCAUGGUGGUGGCUGGUGGUUUAGAGAAUGUGCAGAAAGCUGCCUAAACGGAGGCUUCCACAAAGAUGGUAAAAUGAAAAACUCAAGCAGCAUCUAUUGGGGAAGUUGGUACAAUUACGACUAUUCUGUUUCACUUACAUUUGUCGAAAUGAUGAUCAGACCUAAACCCUUUUAAAAAACUUGGACUGUGGAAUUGACAGAAAUAUUGCCCACGGCAAGGGUAUAAAUAUCAUGGGUAAAUUGGGUCCGUACAUGAUAAUUAAAAGCAAAACAAUCAGGAAAGUUGAGAUACACUUUAUUCAAGAAUCUAAAUUUUUGAAAUUAAUCUUAAUUUUUUUCUAAUGCCAAGUUGAAAUCUUGAACUUGUCUUGAGUCCUGGGUUAAUGUCAUAGUAAUAAGACCUAGUAAUAGUUAGUAGUAAGAGGUAACCUGACUAAACACUCAGCAGAACGCUUCAAAUAUACGUAAGCAGCGUUGAACAUGUAAAUGAAAUGACUUCGGUGUAAUUUUGAACAAACAAACUUCCAUUUUCCAUUGAGAUAACUCUUAUCGUAAUUUUCCCACUUUUAACCCAAAUUCAAACAAACAGAAAAACAAUUCAAUGGAAAAAUUGGAAUACACUUAAAAUUUGGAAAACGGUGAAAAAAUGUAGUCUUAUGACCUCGAAUUUCCUGAACAAGUACUA